UAAUUGAGAAGUAUGAAAUGCCAUCAAAGAGGGCACGGGGCUAUACAGUACAACCCUCCCCGCCCCCUUGUUACAUUGAGGCCGGGUUCUAUUUGUAACUGGAUGUGUACGUGCAUUUUUAGGUUGGUGGUUGUGUAGGGACAUCACCCACUUCGAAAUAGGAUAAGAGUACAGACAUUAGCUGAAGUUUUACUUCAUCGUGGUGUCAUCAUCCACCAGUGGGGACAUCCAUUUUUAGACACUCUGCCAUCUGUGGACUUUCCUUUAGCCCCUUGGUCAUUAGGUCUUGAUGCCCACAUGCUCCAAAGUAUGAGCAGCUGCGGGCCCAAAGAACCUUCGUCUCCCCGGCCCAACACCACCCAGCCGGCUGCUGAGCCUCAGCAGCGCAGGGGUCGAGGUCGUCCACGCAAGCAGCAGCUGGAGCCUGUCGGACCGCCGGCUCCAAAGCGACCAAGAGGAAGACCCAAGGGCAGCAAGAACAAAGGCACCAAAACUGUAUUCAAGAAAGUCGAGCAUGAUGGAGCAAGGCGGCCAAAAGGGCGACCGAGGAAAUGGCUACAGAAGGCCAUUGCAAAAGGAAGUGAAGAGCAAAAGGUGUCUUCGGAGGAAGGGGAGCCGGCACCCUCAUGGUCAGAGCCCUCUUUGUCUCAGGAGGAAGGCCAGUAACCUCGAGGUGUGGUCGGAACAGCAACAUUCCAUUGGUACGAUCGGAAGGAAAAAAUUGUGUGUUUCGGUUUAAUUUCUCUACCUAAAAGGUUGACCUCACAGCAAGAAAGCAAUUUUCAUUUGACAACAGUUGCACAUUGUAUUGCAGCAGUUCCCAAAAUUCAUUGAGCCAAGAGAAAUACACCCCUCACCAUAAUUUAAGAAUGUAGGAUUACCGGCAAAAUCUCAGGAUGAACCUAAAAUUCACAAAAAACCUUCCAGGUGAACUUAAGCUGACCUUCUCCAAACUUGUAAUUGCACUUGACCAAAUGUUCAAUGUUUUGGGACUUUUUGCACAACUUGCUGUUUUCUAACCAGGAGUUGAAAAGCAACAUUCAAAUCAGAUGUUCAUUUCCAAGGAUCCACUACCUUUCUGUAACUCUUCCAGUCUCUUUACAACCUGUCAAUGACACUGUAAGCUCAGUGACCACUUCCCUCCGAGAACAUCCUGUUUGAAAGCUCGCCACGGUGAGAUACUCUUAAUUCCUUCACUUGGCAGCUGUUUUCAAACAGUUCCCGAUGCAGCCAGUCGCACUGCAGCAUUUUGUCUGAUUUUUCAAGAUACACAAAAUACUGCGUUCUGUGACAGUCGAAACACCAAAACCAAACAAGACAAAGACAAUACAUUUGAGGCAGGGCAGUCAUAGUGACAAUAUUUUUUUGCUUUUGUGACAACUCAAUCCAUGAAAACAAAAACAAGACUGAGAAAUGUUUUUUUGAUGGUUGAAGUCAUUUAAUUAUUUUAGCUAAGAAACACUUCCUUAGCCAAGCUGACUCACUGUAUGGCUCAAGUUGCACACUAGUGGCUUUUGUAUUUACAAUGUGUUCCUCAUUCACUCACAGAACUGCGUCAUUUUUUCGAAUGCUUGUGACACACUUUCUACUCCAAAUUGCGACACAUUAGCUUUCUUUUCCUGCUUUCACAUCACACAUAAACAGACUGUCUUCGAGUAUGAGGUGCUUCAACCUGUCCGACUCCUGAGACGUCGUAAUCGAAAUGACAGGUGCAAAUUCAUCACCCGAUCUUUAUCUUCGACUCAAAAGCAAUGCUGCAUUCUCGCCUGCAUGGCUGUUCGUCAUUCCAGAACAAUAUUUUACAAACCUGAAUUUGAGACAAACUGGAUGAGACAAUUUUCCAGGCCUACCUGUUUGACAAAUAUACACUUUGGCUUUCAUAAACAGGUGGAUUCUAGCCUAUAACUAGAAAUGUCCACAGCAGUGAAUGUUAUUUGUCUUGAUCUCAUGAUGUCAGAAUGUGAACAGCAUGUCGUCCAAUGAAAAUAAACCACAACAUUUAUUGGUCGAUUCACUGAUCAAACACCUGAUUCAAAUUUUGCUGUUCAGCUCCUUGUUAGACAACAGAAAGUUGUGCAAAAAUUACUGAAACGUUGACGAGUUGGACAUACGCAUUCAAAACUUUACAGGCCAAAUUAAAUUCACCUUUUCAUCCUGAAAUUUCGGUUCAAAACCAGAUAUCCCCAACUUUUUGUCAGCAGUGUAUUUGUACGACACCACCUACUUAGUGCAUCAUAAAGUGCUUUCAUUCAGAAUUUUGACAAAGACUGCAAACUUUUUUUUUCAGAAAUAACUUUCAUGUCCAACAUGCAAAUGCAAGAUAAGAAAAGAAAAAAUAACCUUUAUUUGUCCCACACUGGGGAAAUUUUACAUUUUUAAAUUUUCUACAGCCGCAGAAUGGGGCGGGGGGGGGGUAGAAAAGAAACAAAAAAGUAAGUGUUGCAUGCAAGUAAAUGUUUCGGAAAAAGAACUGUAUACAGUAUAGUACGCAAUUUAAAUAUAAGAUACAGAUAUGUUGUUUCAUCUUUCCAAAAAUUUGUUUUUGACUUGUUUUUAAAAAUGUAAAAAAAGAACAAUACAAAUUAGAAUUUUCUUUCUUUCAUCAUCUCUUUAUUUUUUUUAAAUUAUACAACUGUUAUGUUGGAGGUGCAAUGGACCUGGUUCCAAAUAGAAUAUCGGAAAAUCUAGAAAAAAGCUAUUUUUAAAAUGUUGGGAAACAAUUUGGAUGAAAUAUCUUGUCAGUCAGAAGAUAGCUGUUACACCCUUAAUUACAAUCACGGGUAUGAAUAAUUUUGGGCUAAAGACUAUUUAAUUUGCCUUUUUGCUAUGCUGCUACAUUCACAUGGCGUCCUGAAGUCAUUUUUAUGAGCAGUUUUAGUCGCAUUUUGUUUCAACUUGCCAGUUGAAGUCCACUAAGAAUGGCACUGAAUUAUCCAUAAACAAACACAUUUCCUCCACUGUGGACAUUAAAAGCAAAAAGUGCUGUGACACUCAGGACUUUACGCCAGCGUUUUGUUUUUUAUUACCACCAUCAUGAAGCCUCAGGUACAAAAUGAUUCAGGAGCCUCGUUUUUGUCUACCCAGGAACUUUUGGGUUUUACUUUGUGCUGUGUUGAACAUUUCUUAACAGUAUUAUUGCAAUGACUUCACAGAAACCACAAUUACCUCAAGAAAAACUGGAUUUGUUCAAAUUAAAAUGUGACUUGAUUAUCACGUGAAAAUGCUGCAGGUAUAAAAAAAUAGUUUAAAUCAUCUUUUCAAGUUUAUUUUAAAUUAAAUACAUUUGUCUUUUUCACCAUAUAUUUGAUUUUUACAGUCUAUAUUUUAUGGGUGACAAUUCAUGUGACUUUAAAACAUUUUUACAGUAUCUGAGCACAACCUCUUUCAACAUUUAAAUUAUAUGAUUCAGGCUACAUUUGGUAAGGUUUUCUAAGCAACGGCUAGACACAUACAGAUAAACGGCCUGAUUGUCGAAUGUGUCUAAAAGAUUCUCCAUGGGAAUUAUCUUGUGGUGUGACAAUGAAGAAUCUCUCCCAGAUUUCUGGUUUGGGGGAGGAGCCUCCCGAUUGUUGGUGGAGAUAUUGUUGUGUGUGGGGUGCUGUGUUCGUCACUUAGUGUCCACCACACACUGCAAUUUUUUUCUUUACUCAUCAUGUAUUGGUGGGAGUGCUCCUAUUAAAAAAAACAACAACAACAAAAACGUUAAAGCGGGCUACACGCAUACUGCUAAUCCAAAUUAGAGCUUUUUUUUUCCACUUCCGAUUAAAGUAAGCAAAGGCCCUGAUUCUCCUGAGCAGUUAUCCAGAUUGUUUAGGGAUUUUUAAUCUGGUUAGAAAAUAGUCAGGGCUGGCAAUUGUAAACGCAAAACCUAUUCAAUAUACUAAAUCCUUAUCCUUAAGUGUGUUUUAUUUAAAAUUUCUGGUUUGUGGGAGACUCAUGAUUGUAGAUGGAUCUAUUUUAACGUGUGUAGCGUGUUGUGUUCUGUCAUCUUGGGUACAGUACACACGCUGUCGAUAUUUUGUUCCCCUCGUCCUGUAUGGGAUCGCUCACAUUUAAAAUAAGGAUGUUAAAAUAAAAGUACGUGUGUGCCCUGCUUAAAUAAGUCAAGUACUACAUGUCUUUGUUUUUUGUUUUGUUAAAUAACA